ACCCACCCUCCUCCCGUUGUAUCUCACUCUUCACUCCUUCUCACCACAUCCACGCCAUACCCCUUUUGCCGACGCCGCUUCCAGAUCUGGAGUGGCCACAGAAGCGCCGUUUGAGGGUGCGACUUCGCUCACGGCCAUGGUGAAUUCGACCGAGCCGCCGACCGAGCCCCCCUCCUCAAAUCGCGCGAUCGAAAGCAGCGUCGGGGAGGCGGGGGGCACUGCCGCGGAGGCUAUGACAACGUCACUGAGUGCCCACCGCGAGGCGAUGUCGUCGCUCUCGUCGACACUCAAGAUGCCGGGGAGCCAUCGGGUGCUGCGAUAUGCUCCCGUCAACUGUGCUGGUGAAGCCAUCGCCCCGGCCAUGGGCUCCUCCUCACAAGAUCUCAACAAGGUCAGCCAGAGGCUACAACUCGGGCUCGGUGAAGUGAUCGUGGCACCGGGUGUCGGCAACCCCAGGGACAACGAGUCCCCCGUGGUCACUGAGGCGGUUUCUCGGCAGCCAUUGAAGGCGCACCCCCGCCGCCGCCGCCCUGCUAUGUCAUCCCACACGGACGCGGCAGCCGUGAGUGUGCCACCACAGGCGCCCGAGCGCAAGCGACGGUUGGUCCGCGCCGAUGCGCUCGACAGGCCACGGUUCUCCGCGACGCUCUCCACGGAAGAGAUUGAGGAAGACAUAUAUGCCCUCACCGGCGCGUUGCCGCGCAGCCGCCCUCGCCACUGCCCACCCGCGGUGCAGAAUCAGAUCAAUCUGCUACUUCCCGGUUCACGCUUAUCGGAGAUCAACGCGGAGUCCUACCGGGUGCCAGAGGAUCGCUGACCCUCUCAACUCAACAAGCGUCGUCGCCCAACAGUAGGCAAGCAAAGUGAAUUUGGCGAUUACAAUUCACAUUCAGUUCAUUGCUGCCAUUGUGAGUUACAUAAUCCACCGAUUAAUUGAUCACAUAGAGUAAGAGUUGGUAUGUAUGAAUCCCAUCAGCAGACUAGUUGUAAGCAACGAGUGAUGACUUGUCAGUGUUCUUUUUUAUUUCGAGUUGUAGUAAGUGAUAUUCU